AUGCCCAAUCAAAUUCGUGAUAUCAGCGAGACGUUCGUAGACGAGGAGAACCAAUUAAUCUUCCACAAGAAUGUGACCGUUCCCCUCAAAUGGAACGGAGGCGUCCUUCGUGUCAACGUCUACCGACCCAUCGUGGAGGGGAAAUACCCCAGUCUUGUCACGUAUGGGCCAUAUGGAAAGGAUAUCUACUACGGAGACUUUCGUGAAAAGUCCUUCUCCGAAGUCAAUCCCGUCCAUAAAUCGAAGUAUUCGGCAUGGGAGACCCCGGAUCCUGUCUACUGGACCAAGCGCGGUUAUGUUGUCGUCCGUGCCGACGAGCAGGGUCUUGGCCAGUCACCUGGUCUACUUGAUACCAUGUCUGCCAGCACCGCCAACAGCUUCUUUGAUCUAAUUGAGUGGACGGCCGUGCAAGACUGGUGCAGUGGCAGAGUCGGCUUGUUGGGCGUGAGCUACUAUGCCGGAAGCCAAUGGCGUGUUGCAGCAAAGCGCCCUAAAGGCCUUUCUGCCAUCGUGCCUCACGAGGGUAUGAGCGAUUACUACCGUGAUCGUUGCAGACAUGGUGGAAUUCUAUCCAACAAUUUCAUCAACUUCUGGUGGAACCGGCAAGUGAUCACCAAUCAAUACGGCCGACCCAACCGCUCCAAGUCACGCUGGGGCGAGGACACAAUCGAAGGUGACCUCGAUUCUGCCGAGCUGGCGCAGAAUUGCCGAGACCAGAAUGCUGACAAUGCGGCAAACCCUUUCCUUGACGACGAGUAUCACUCGUCAAAGGUCUUCCGUCUCGAGGAUAUCGAGGUGCCGCUGCUGAGUGUCGCGAACUGGGGCGGCAACACCCUUCAUCUUCGUGGUAACGUGGAGGGAUAUACGUGGGCGGGCUCGCAGCACAAGUUCCUGCGGUUCAUUGUGGGACGGCACGACUUGCCUUUCUAUUAUGACGAGGAGGUCGAGGUGCACCGCAGCUUUUUGGAGGCGUUCUUGAAGGACAAUGAUUAUGCCGGGUGGAAGACUGGUAAGGUUCCGCCGGUCAGUAUUUGCUUGAGGAAGGGCGAUGUUGGAUUCAAUAACCCUGAGGGCGAGAAGACUUUCCCUCGCAGAGAUGAGAUGGAGUGGCCUAUCGCGCGAACGGUGUAUACCAAAUUUUUCCUGACUCCUGAUUUGGGUCUGAAGCAGGAUGGCUACAGAAUGAAACAGACCGAACCAUCCAUUCUUUCUUAUGAUGCGGGCGACUCCUCAGUCAAAGGAAUCAAGGUGCUGGAAUUCAAGUCGCCGCCUGCUCAGUCAGAGCUCGAGGUGACUGGCCAUGUUCUCGUGCAUCUCGCUGUCUCCGUUGACAGCUCAGCCACCCCAGCACCCGAGAAUUUGGACCUGGAUCUGUUCUUGACUCUCCGUCACUUUGCUGCUGCUGGCAAGGAACUUUCCUACACUGGAUCUUCCGGAGACGCAGUACCCGUGGCGAGGGGGUGGUUGCGAGCCAGUAUGCGCAAGGUCAACACGGAGAGCCCCUAUCACAGGCCAUAUCUUCCUCGACGAGAGUAUCGAUCCAUCGAUGUCCAGCCCAUUGGGAGUGGUGUAGUCUACGAAUGUGACGUGGAGCUAUGGCCGACCAACGUCGUCGUUGAAAAGGGAGGCUGGUUGGUGUUGCAAAUCUCAUCGGAGGAUACAGAUCCUGGUGUAGGCCUUUUCAAGCACAACUCUCCCAUCGACCGACCUGUUGAGAAGUUUUCCGGAGUCAACAAUAUUCACUUCGACAACGAGCAUGAGAACUACCUGCUGCUGCCCGUGAUUCCCUGA